AUGGAUACACCGAACAUGGCUAUUCAACAACAGCACACCAAUUUAACUUACUACGAAGAACUGCAACAAUCAUUGGGUCCAAGAGCAAAAUUGUUCUUGCCAACGACAGACGGCUAUUCACAAGCAAAAAGAAUAUGGAAUGGCAUGUUUGACAAUCAUAGUCCAGCACUGAUAGUGCAAGUAACCGGUGUUGCUGAUGUUCAAGCUGUUCUUAAAUUUGCACAUCAACGAGGAUUAACUGUAACUGCUAGAGCCGGCGGUCACUCAUUUUCAGGCCUUUCCACUAUUCAUGACGGUAUCGUUAUCGAUUUCAUUCAAAUGAAAAGUAAACUAAAUUUAACGAAAAGAGAAGAACCACACCAUAUUGCUGUUGAUUUUUUAGCUGUUAUUGUAAAUCCAGAGAAAAAGGAAGUCCUUGUUGAACCCGGCGUUGUACUUGCAGAGCUAGAUCAUGAAAUCCAAGCGUUUGGUUUGGCAACUCCAACAGGUGUUGUUAGUUUUACUGGUGUGUUUGGUUUAGUGUUGGGAGGAGGUAUUGGUUGGCUUUCAAGAAAACAAAUUUUAUUUGGUGUAAACAACUACAUGAAGACAGCACCAAGAGAAUUCGCUUGUGAACUAUUCAGUGGAAUGCGCAUCGACGGGGAUCGAGAAAUGUAUCUUAAAGUAUCAUAUGCGUUUUAUUUGCCAGAAGGUGAAGCUGAAAAAGUGGCUGAACCACUAACAAAACUUGGAUCACCAGUUCAAGAAUCUUGGGUGUGGAUAACUCAUGUACAGAAUCAAAAAUUAUUUGAUGUUAAUUUUGGGGAGCAUCGAAAAUAUUAUGCUAAGUCAGGUUCAAUUGACUUCGAUGAUAUGACGAUUGAAUUUGUGGAUUCUAUUGUUGAAUCAGUAAACAAUUUAACUCCACCUUAUUCAAUAGUCGAAUUAGUUACUAUUGGCGGUAAAAUGAAAGAAACAUCAGCUGAUGAAACUUCUUACUUUCAUUUGAGAAAACAAGAUUGGCUGGUUAAUAUAAUUACAUCGUGGUGUGAAGGCAAUGGUGAUGAGCAUAUAAAUUGGUGUAGAGAAACAUACAAAAAACUGACUGCAAAAUCACGAGCAGCUUAUAUAAAUUUAAUGAUGAUGGAUCCGCCCACUGACACUACGUAUAAGGAACAAUUGAAUAAUGCAUUUGGAUCAAAUCUAAAUAGGUUAAGAAAUAUUAAAAAGAAAUAUGAUCCUUUUAAUUUUUUCCGUCAUAAUCUAAAUCUGUUAGCAGCUGAUGAUAAUAAUGAUAAUUAA